UCCAGGGGUCCCCACCAUUUCCUCUUCCCUCCUCCGCCUGUCUCGCCGUCACACGACGCCGCCUCCCCUUUCCCAUGGACACCCCAACUUCCGCCUCCGCCUCGCCGGCUGCCGCUUCCGGCCCCAACCCCGACCCCGACUCGGCGCUUGUCUCGACCGUGGCGGACGCGUUGGUAUCUGCCUCCCGCCAGUCCGCACCGCCGCCCAUCCCUGAACUCCUGGCCCCGUACCUCCCGCGCCUCACCACCUCGCACCACCCGCGCGUGCUCUCCCUCGCCGCCUCCCACCCGUCGCUCGCGUCGCCGCACCCGCUCCUCGCCUACCGCAGCCUCGUCGCGCCGCCCUCCUGCCUCCCCUCCCUGCUCCCGCUCCUUCCCGUGCUCCCCUGCCGCCACCUCCUCCCGCUCCUCCUGGCCUUCGUCCCGCUCGACCCGCUGCGCCACCUCCACCGCCACCUCCUCGCGCACCUUCCCUCGAGCGCACUCGCCGACGCCGCGCUCUCCGCGUACGCCCGCCUCCGCCUCCCGCACCUCGCCGCGCAGCUUCUCCACUCCCUCCGCCGGCGCGGCCGCGUCCGCCCGUCACUCCAGGCCGCCAACGCCGUCCUCUCCGCACUGGCGCGCAGCCCCUCAACCUCGCCGCAGGCCUCCCUGGAUGCCUUCCGCUCCCUCAUCGCGCUGCGGCUUCACCCCAACCACUACACCUUCAACCUCCUAGUCCACACCCACUGCUCCAAGGGCACCCUCGUCGAUGCCCUCGCCACGCUCUCCACCAUGCAGGGGUUCGGCCUCUCCCCCGACGCCGUCACCUACAACACCCUCCUGAACGCGCACUGCCGGAAGGGAAUGCUCGGCGAGGCGCGGGCGCUGUUGGCCAGGAUGAAGAGGGAGGGGAUCGCGCCCACCAGGGCGACGUAUAAUACCCUUGUCUCAGCGUACGCAAGGCUCGGGUGGAUUAAGCAGGCGACAAAGGUCUUGGAGGCCAUGACGGCGUUCGGUUUCGAGCCUGACCUGUGGACGUACAAUGUACUCGCCGCAGGGCUGUGCCAGGCAGGGAAGUUGGACGAGGCAUUUAGACUGAAGAAUGAGAUGGAGCGGCUUGGCGUAGUGCCACCUGAUGUAGUGACCUACAAUACACUUGUUGAUGCAUGCUUCAAGCAGCGGUGCUCGUCAGAUGCAUUGAAGCUGCUUGAGGAAAUGCGUGACAAGGGGGUGAAGGCAAGUUUAGUCACACAUAACAUUGUUGUGAAGGGGCUCUGCAGGGAGGGGGAAUUGGAAGAGGCGUUAGGGUGUCUGAACAUAAUGGCAGAAGAGGGGUUGGCACCAGACGUGAUCACGUACAAUACAUUGAUCGAUGCAUACUGCAAAGCCGGCAAUGUUGCCAAAGCAUUCGUGUUGAUGGAUGAGAUGGUGGGAAGGGGACUCAAAAUGGACACUUUCACUCUAAACACUCUGCUGUAUAACCUGUGCAAGGAGAAGCGAUAUGAAGAGGCCGAGGAGCUCUUGUGUUCACCACCACAGCGGGGUUUUGUACCUGAUGAAGUCAGCUAUGGUACAGUGAUGGCAUCCUACUUCAAGGAGUACAAUCCAGAGCCUGCUCUGCGUCUGUGGGAUGAGAUGAUUGGGAGGAAGUUAACACCGAGCACUUCUACUUACAACACAUUGAUCAAAGGGCUUUCUAGGAUGGGGAAGUUGAAAGAGGCAAUUGAUAAGUUGAAUGAGCUCAUGGAGAAGGGGUUGGUACCAGAUGACACCACAUACAAUAUCAUCAUUCAUGCGUACUGUAAGGAAGGGGACUUGGAAAAUGCUUUCCAGUUCCACAAUAAGAUGGUGGAGAAUUCCUUUAAGCCGGAUGUUGUGACCUGCAACACUUUGAUGAAUGGUCUGUGUCUUUAUGGCAAGCUUGACAAAGCAUUAAAGCUUUUUGAGUCUUGGGUAGAGAAAGGGAAGAAGGUUGACGUUAUCACGUAUAACACCCUAAUUCAAGCUAUGUGCAAAAAUGGCGAUGUCGAUACUGCUUUGCAUUUCUUUGCUGAUAUGGAGGUCAGGGGAUUGCAACCUGAUGCAUUUACUUAUAAUGUCGUGUUAUCUGCACUAUCUGAAGCAGGGAGAUCAGAAGAAGCCCAGAAUAUGCUGCAUAAGUUAGCUGAGAGCGGAAAAUUAUCUGAAAAUUUUUCUUCUCCUCUGAUGAAGCCUUCCGUGGAGGAAACAGAGACGGGGAGGAUCCUUGAGGGUAAAUCUGAUGCUGAAUCUGGUGAAAAUGCAGCAGGCAACGCUUCGGAGGACUACGAGAAACGCCUAAAUGAUCUCUGCACUGGUGGGCAAUUGAAAGAAGCUAAGAGCAUUUUGGAUGAGAUGAUGCAAAAGGGCAUGUCUGCUGACAGUUCAACUUAUAUCACUUUGAUGGAAGGGCUUAUCAAAAGACAGAAAAGGCUAACACAUGCAGCUGGAUAGUACACAGUAUUUAUGUUACAUUGUCCAUGCCUUUGCAAUAACUCUCUCAAUCUUGUCGUGCUUGACAGCUUGGAGGACAUGAUGACUAUAAAAAGACUAGAAAGAAAAGAGGCUCUCCCAUUCGCACCUGAUACGUCAAGGGCAAUUUGUCGGCAACAUAGGGACCCUUUUUCGGAAUCAGCAAGGGUGAUGCCAGCUUUUCCGACAAGGGAAAAGAAAGAUCAUACCAAAUAGCUCCAGUUGGUGCAAAUAGGACUUCUAGUAUGGAUCUGUGACCAGUGUGAUUUCGGGCCAUGGAGCUGCAUGUUAAUUGAAAUGUGGAGAAUGCUUUUAGAGAAGCUUGGUGGCAGGCAGGCAAUGGUCUUAAUGCUGGCAUCACUCAUUUUGGUUAGCUCUCCAUCUGGGACUCCAACAUGUGCCGUCUACAAAUUUGAUAUCACUUGAUGUAUAUAACAUUGCUUCUUGUAAUACUGCUUUAGGGCCCAUAGGGUACUGAUUCCUUGCAAUUAAGAAGUGAGUUGAAAUUUAAACUUCUUUUGUUGUGUU